UAGCGUUGCUAAGUGAGACGCCAUAUUGUAAAUAACAGUGAAAAAAGACUGACUGCGGCAAGCUGCUUGCUUUUUGAGUUUCUCCUUCCAAAAAUUAAUCAAGAUGUCUGAUAACUCUGAUAUUGAAGAAGAAGAACAGGGACCUAACUUAGGGGAAUACGAAGGAGAAAGAAAUGAUAAAGAUGAAAGGCAUGGGUAUGGCAAAGCAACACUCCCAAACGGUGACACAUAUGAAGGAAUGUAUGAAAACGGGAAAAGACAUGGACAAGGAACUUAUAGGUUUAAAAAUGGUGCCCGUUAUAUAGGGGAAUACAUGAAAAAUAAAAAACAUGGCUAUGGCACAUUUAUCUAUCCAGAUGGCUCAAAAUAUGAAGGUAACUGGGUGGAAGACCAGCGGUGUGGCCAGGGCAAAUAUUUCUACAUAAAUGCUGACACAUACGAAGGAGAGUGGAGGGACCACAAGAGGCACGGGCAGGGAGUGUACACGUAUGCAGAAACAGGCACAAAAUACACAGGCACGUGGAAGGAGGGCAAGAGGGAAGGAGCAGGGGAUCUCAUACAUGCUAAUCACAAAUAUGUUGGUCAAUGGAAGGAGGAUAGGCCUGAAGGCAAGGGGAAGUAUGUGUUUGACAUUGGCUGCGAGCAGCAUGGGGAAUACAUCCCUGUGGAACAGGUGAAGGAUGACAAGGGCGGCGAGGAGGAGGAACAGCAGGCAGUCAUCAUACCAAAGUGGAAGGCUGGGGUGGUCACGGCUAUCACGCUGGCCCCAGAGCCUGAUGAAGAGGAGGAAGAGGAAAAGAAGGAGGAGGGAGAGAAGCCUGCAGAAACCACAGAGGCCACCGAGGGUGCAGUGGAGGGGGGUGAGGAGCAAGCACCUGCUGCGGAGACCACAGAAGGUGAGGGUGCCGAGGGGGAGGCAGAGGCUGCCCCCGCUGAGGGAGCAGGGGAGGAGGCUGAGAAGCCUGCUGCUGAGGAGGGAGAGCAGAAGGCAGCAGAGGAAGGGCAGGAGGAAGCAGGUGGCGAGGCAGCAGCAGAUGCCCCAGAGUCCUCCGAGCAGGCCCCAGCAACAGAGGAGGAACCAGCUGCAGAGGGAGGGGAAGCAACUGAUGGAGCAGCAGAGGAACAAGCAGAAGAUGCUGCUCCUGCAGAGGAGGAAGCUGCAGCAGAUUAAUAUGACAUUUAUGUGUAAUAAAGAAGUGACUGGUUUCAUUCAAAAACAUUGUCCUGAAGAUUGAUAUCAGACUGGUGGUUGAAGGUCUCGUUUUGAGAAAUAGACCUCUUCUUCAGUCAAUUGUGUAAUUUCAAGGACUAUUUGAUAAAAUACAAUAAUGAAAAACUUGUUUUAUGAUACAUCUCAAAAGGUCAAGUUAUAUCAUCUAUAUUAAACUCAUAAGUUUGCUUUGUAUAUUUAUUUAGCAUUUCCAGAAAAUUUGUGAAUAAACUUUUUUGUAUCAAU